CUCUAAUUAAAAUUAGAAAUUAAUUUGGUCCUUUGCGAACAACUCAACCUCUAAAUUGGGAAUUAUUUUUUUUCAAUGUGUGACCUUCCAGAAUUCCAUCCCCUCUCAUACUCCAUGACCCCAUUUUUAAGGUUUGUUUUUUUCUAGGGAGCAAGAACAAUAAAUUAUGCCACGAUACAAGGAUGAACCUCCCACAGUUCGUGUAUAUACUGUUUGCGACGAAUCAAAGUACUUGAUUGUGAGGAAUGUAGCAGCACUGGGGUGUGGUGAUGAACUGAGACAACUGUUUGCAGCAUAUGGAGAUGUUGAAGAGUGUAAACCUAUGGAUGCAGAAGACUGCGAGGCAUUUACCGAUGUGUACUGGAUCAAAUUUCACAUGAUCAGCAACGCGAGGUUUGCAAAAAGAAAACUAGACGAGUCUGUUUUCCUUGGGAAUCGGCUGCAGGUGUCGUAUGCUACUGAGUAUGAGACUCUGUCUGACACAAAAGAGAAGUUAGAAGGCAGGAGAAAGGAGGUUCUAGGACGAUUGAACUCAUUGAAGUCUGGAAGAUACAGAGGUGACGAAAUGAAGAGUAAAGGUGUUGAAACUCAUCCCUUGUCACACGGAGCUGGAGUUUCAUCACAAGUUUCUCAGCAAUUGGACUUAAAACAAGGAUGGUACGCCAAAGAAAUGAAUCAAUAUUCUGAAGUAAAACACUCAUCAAUCACCAGGGUGUCCUCUGACCAGGAUUAUUUCCCAUCUCAGUCAAUGAAUGAAACAGUUAAAAGGGUAAGAGAGAAGCUUGAUAAGAUUGAAUCGUCAAGUUCUUCAAAUACGCAAUCUGGCUCAGCUUCGAAGAAAAUCCGAGUAGAUAAUAGAAGAAGGAUAUGAUCAUAUAACUGCCUUCUUUAAAUUAGACACAAUACUCCGCAAAUGCUAAAUCAAAAGUAGAAUUUCACUUCUUCCAAAGAAAUCAAAUUGGCUAACUUUUUACCGAGUGAUUCGAUUUCUACAUGUAAUGAGUCAUUUUCGACAUGUAUAUUUGAUCUUGAAUCCUGGUUCAUUUGCUGAUAGAUAUUAACCCAAAUCCUUUUUCUUUGAUGUCCAAA